AAAACAGGACUGGACAAGGACUAAUUCUUAGCCAGCAUGGGCUUCACCAAGGAAACGGCCUCGAUUGGCAUUAUCGGCAUGGGGGACAUGGGCAAGAUGUACGCCCAGCGUCUGAGCGCAGCCGGUUGGAGGAUUAAUGCAUGUGACAAACCCGACUCGUAUGAGCGUCUUCAACAGGAAUUCGAAUCUCAACAAAAUGUCACUAUAUUUCCCAAUGGCCACCUGGUUUCCAGAAUUAGCGAUUACAUUAUUUACAGUGUAGAGGCGGGUGUGAUCGACAAGGUAGUGGCUAUGUAUGGCCCAUCUACCAAGGUCGGCGCGAUUGUCGGUGGACAAACGUCCUGCAAGGCCCCCGAGCUGUCGGCUUUCGACAAGCACCUUCCCCAGGAUGUAGAAAUCGUAUCAUGCCAUUCGCUCCAUGGCCCUCAAGUCAACCCCAAGGGUCAGCCUCUGGUCUUGAUCCAGCACCGUGCUUCGGAUGAAAGUCUCAACUUCGUCAAGGAAGUUCUGUCAUGCUUCGAAUCCAAGUUCGUCUUCCUGUCGGGAGAGAUGCACGACCGUAUCACCGCCGAUACCCAAGCCGUCACCCAUGCUGCCUUCCUUAGCAUGGGAACCGCGUGGCAGGCAAACCAGCAGUUCCCAUGGGAAAUGUCCCGCUGGGUGGGAGGCAUCGAGAACGUCAAGAUCAAUAUCACGCUACGCAUUUAUUCCAACAAGUGGCAUGUGUACGCCGGUCUCGCCAUCCUCAACCCAGCCGCCAAGAAGCAGAUCCGGCAGUAUGCAGAGUCGGUGACCGAUCUGUAUAAGCUCAUGAUCGAGGGACGUCGAGACGAACUCAAGAGUCGAGUCAAGGCUGCAGGAGAGGCCGUUUUCAAGGCGGGUACGGAUGGACAGGAUCUCUUGUUGAAAGACGAAGUCCUCGAUCGCUUCUCGCUCGGAAAUCGGGCUCGUGAGGAGUCGCCUCCGAACAGUCAUCUGAGUCUGCUUGCCAUCGUUGAUUGUUGGUCCAAGCUGGGAAUUGUGCCGUACGAUCAUAUGAUCUGUUCCACACCUCUUUUCCGUCUCUGGUUGGGUGUCACAGAAUACCUGUUUCGCAACCCUGAUCUCCUCGACGAGGCCCUGGACACUGCGGUCGAUGAUAAGACGUUCCGUUCGGAUGACUUGGAAUUCACCUUUGCAGCUCGCGUAAGUGUCAACUGCUAAUCCCGGAAGCUAAUGGC